GGUAAAGAAACUUCGCUACCAGCCCUACAAUAAUCAGUGCAGAGUCAAGUCGGAUCGAGUAAGCAUCUACCACAGAGUGUGGAAACAAUCAUCUCUCAAAAUGGGUCUAUCAGAAUUUCAGAAGAAGAAACUGGGACAUGUUUUUGAUGUCUUCUAUGACGUAAACAGAGACGGUCGCAUUGACUGGAACGACUUUGAAGACCUCAUCGUGAGAGUGUCAGACAUAAAUGGGUGGGGCAAAACUGGCGAAAAAUACAACAACGGUCGCAAGGUGCUGGAGAAUGUGUGGGGAGGACUCCAGAAAUACGCCGACAAGAAUGCGGACAAAGCUGUUUCCAAGGACGAGUGGUUAGAAAUGUGGACCGGUGAAGUAGAGAAGGUGAAAGCCAACAAAUCCCUUCCUGAGUGGCAGGUCAACUAUCUGAACUUUUUCUUUGAUGCCAGUGAUACCUCAGGUGAUGACAUCGUUGAUUUAGACGAAUACAGUAAAGUGUACACGAAAUUUGGUCUCACUGAAGAUAAAUGCAAAACCGCUUUCAACAAGAUAACAGACAGUGGAAAAUUGAAGCUCGAUAAAUCAUUAUACGCACAGCUCUGGACCGAUUACAUAAUCGGGGACGACCAGGGAAGUAAUUCUACCUUUCUGUUCGGAGGUGUCUAGAUACAAGGACAUUAUCGCCACCUGGUGUCACUUUUGUAAACUAUUUUCCUGAGAGAGGAAUGUUUGAUCCCUAAUUUUGCAACGGUAUCUCAGGAAAGUUCCGUGAUGUGCCGCUAGGGACCGCAAGUGACUCGGACCAGGCCCAUGAACAACCUGCACUAACUUUUUACUCGAUCCGAAAAAACAAGUCCCGGUCCGAAAAUUGACUGCGCAUGCGUAGAUGGACGUUGAUGCCAUUGCGUCAAAUCUGAGGCAAGUGCAUGAAAUUCUUUAAAACGAGGCUCAUACGGCGAGAGGUUUAAACACGUGAUUACCACGUGCUCAAACCGACCACAUGGUCGUCGCUGCAGUGAAUAAGUCACGUUACCCUAGCGGCAUGGUAGUUUUUCUGUGAUUCGCAGCGCCGUCUAGCGCUAUUCGGCAGAAUUGAUGGACAGUUAGCCUGAAUACCGAUCUUUCUUCCAUGAUUCCAAAACCUACUAUGUAUUAAGUUGUACAUUUUUGAUACCAUGUAUUCUAGCUCUUAUGCAUCUGACAAUGGAGCAUAUCAUUACGUCACUAUUACGUCAUACCAUGUCUAUAUAUAGAUACCGCACAGUGGCGCCACCAUGCGGUGAAGGAUGUCACCAGAAGCAAAUGAAGAUCAAAUGUAACUAUGUCUGAUGUAAAAGGUCAUUGCGUAAUAAACCCAUCCUAUGAGAAUUGAAGACUUGCCAAAA